UUUCCCUUGAAUGUGAAGGUCACUAAACAGGCAGUCCCUUGGGGCUGCCCUUUGGUGCUUCAUGGGGGACACAGCAAACGCCUAAGGACGCCAACCUCAGGACAAUUGGAUCAACAUCAAGGGCAGAGUGCUUUGCUUCUGGAACUGUGGAGAUGGCUGGCUUGGUGCGAUGUGCUAGCAACUAUUCAUUGCCAUUCCUUCUUACUCUGAAGACGUUACGGCUGUCAACUGGACAGCGCUCAUUUAAAACUUUCCCUACUUUAUGGAGUGAACAGACAGUAAAAGGAACACGCUACAAAGAUCUUGUCAUCGGUGUUCCCAAGGAAAUAUACAGAAAGGAAAAAAGAGUUGCUCUUUCCCCGGUUGGUGUCCAAACUUUAGUGAAACAAGGUUUUAAUGUACAAGUUGAACAUGGAGCUGGUGAAGAAGCGAAGUUCUCUGAUGAUCAGUACAAAGAGGCUGGAGCCAAGAUUGGGGACUUGAAAACUGUGUUUGGAUCUGAUGUUGUUUUAAAGGUCAGAGCACCAGUCUUCAAUGAGGUGUUGGGUGUGCAUGAGUCAGCCCUGCUAAAGGAGAAAGCCAUACUUGUCAGUUUCAUCUAUCCAGCCCAGAAUCAAGAACUUCUUGACAAGCUGGCGCAACGCAAAGCCACCGUUUUGGCAAUGGACCAAGUUCCUCGAGUCACUAUUGCUCAAGGAUAUGAUGCCUUAAGUUCGAUGGCAAACAUUGCAGGGUACAAGGCUGUAGUCCUGGCAGCCAACCAUUUUGGAAGAUUUUUUACUGGGCAAAUUACUGCAGCGGGAAAAGUUCCUCCAGCAAAGAUGCUAAUCAUCGGUGGAGGUGUAGCUGGCUUAGCUGCAGCUGGAGCAGCUAAAUCAAUGGGAGCGAUUGUCAGGGGAUUUGACACCAGGCCACCAGCUUUGGAGCAGUUUAAAUCGCUUGGUGCAGAACCUUUAGAAGUCAGCAUUGCUGAAACUGGAGAAGGUGUUGGAGGUUAUGCAAAAGAAAUGUCUAAGGAAUUCAUUGAGGCAGAAAUGGCGCUAUUUGCCAAACAGUGUAAAGAGGUGGAUAUCAUUAUUAGCACUGCUCUUAUUCCAGGUAAAAAGGCUCCUAUCCUUAUCACCAAAAAUAUGGUGGAGUCCAUGAAAGAUGGCUCUGUGAUUGUUGAUCUUGCUGCUGAAGCUGGUGGUAAUGUGGAAACUACCAAUCCUGGAGAGCUCCACAUUUAUAAGGGUGUGGUGCAUAUUGGUUACACAGACUUGCCAAGUCAAAUGGCUACCCAGGCCAGUAGUCUUUACUCAAACAACAUCUUGAAGCUAUUAAAAGCAAUUUCUCCUGACAAAGAAUACUUUUACUUUGAGCCAAAGGAUGAUUUUGAUUACGGGACUAUUGAUCAUGUAAUCAGAGGAACUGUGGUGAUGAAGGAAGGAAAAAAACUAUUUCCAGCACCUUUACCUAAAAUGUUGCCACCUGCUGCUCCAGUUAAACACAAAACAGUCCAGGAAUUAGAAGCAGAGAAGCAGGCUUCAAUCUCACCAUUUAGAAAGACAAUGACUUCUGCUGGAGUUUAUACAACAGGCAUCACAACAGUUUUAGGACUGGGCCUUGUGUCUCCUAAUGCAGCUUUUACACAAAUGGUGACUACCUUUGGACUUGCUGGAAUAGUUGGCUACCAUACAGUUUGGGGUGUGACACCUGCUCUUCACUCUCCUUUAAUGUCAGUAACAAAUGCCAUUUCGGGACUCACUGCUGUAGGUGGUUUGGUGCUGAUGGGGGGAUCUUACCUACCUUCCAGCAUACCACAAACAUUAGCUUUACUGGCUGCAUUUGUUUCAUCUGUCAAUAUUGCAGGUGGAUUCUUAAUUACUCAGCGAAUGCUGGAUAUGUUUAAGCGACCAACAGAUCCACCUGAAUAUAACUAUCUUUACCUCCUCCCCGGCUCAGUUUUUGUUGGAGGAUAUGGCAUGUCUCUUCUCAGUGGAUACAGCAUUGAGCAGAUGAUGUAUCUGGGCUCAGGCCUUUGCUGUGUUGGUGCACUAGCAGGUUUGUCUAGUCAGAGUACAUCUAGACUUGGCAAUGCUCUAGGAAUGAUUGGGGUUGCUGGUGGUCUAGCCGCUACACUGGGUGCUCUGAAACCAUUGCCAGAACUACUUGCCCAGAUGUCUACGGCCAUGGCCAUGGGUGGCACCAUGGGUCUCACCAUUGCGAAACGGAUUGAAAUCUCUGACCUUCCGCAGCUUGUUGCUGCAUUUCACAGUCUGGUUGGCUUGGCAGCAGUUCUGACAUGCGUCGCCGAGUACAUGAUUGAAUAUCCACACCUUGAUGUUCACCCAUCUGCUAAUGUCCUUAAAACGGUUGCCUAUCUGGGCACCUACAUUGGGGGUGUAACAUUCAGUGGCUCUUUAGUAGCAUAUGGAAAACUUCAAGGUGUAUUAAACUCUGCUCCACUUCUACUCCCUGGUCGCCAUUAUUUGAAUGGUGGAUUGUUGGCAGCUUCAGCAGGUGGAAUGAUACCCUUUAUGCUGGACCCCAGCUACACCACUGGCAUGGCUUGUCUUCUUGGAGUUUCAGGACUCUCUUCAAUCAUGGGAGUUACACUGACAGCAGCUAUUGGUGGAGCAGAUAUGCCUGUGGUGAUAACUGUUCUCAACAGCUACUCUGGAUGGGCUUUGUGCGCAGAAGGAUUUCUUCUUGACAACAACCUGAUGACUAUUGUUGGUGCCUUGAUUGGUUCUUCUGGAGCUAUCCUAUCUUACAUCAUGUGUGUGGCCAUGAAUCGAUCUUUGCCAAAUGUCAUUUUGGGUGGAUAUGGUACGACAUCUACAGCUGGAGGAAAACCCAUGGAAAUAGUUGGAACACAUACUGAAGUUGGAGUUGAUCAAACAAUUGAGCUCAUAAAAGAAGCUAACUCGAUCAUCAUUACUCCUGGAUGGGGCCUUUGUGCAGCCAAGGCUCAGUAUCCCAUUGCUGAAAUGGUGAAAAUGCUUACUGAACAAGGAAAGAAAGUCAGAUUUGGCAUCCAUCCGGUUGCUGGCCGCAUGCCAGGACAGCUGAAUGUUCUGUUGGCAGAAGCUGGUGUCCCUUAUGAUGUUGUGUUGGAAAUGGAUGAGAUAAAUGAAGAUUUCCCAGACACAGAUCUGACUCUGGUGAUUGGUGCCAAUGAUACUGUGAACUCUGCAGCCCAGGAAGAUCCAAAUUCAAUUAUUGCUGGUAUGCCGGUAUUGGAGGUCUGGAAAUCCAAACAAGUCAUUGUCAUGAAGCGCACUUUGGGAGUUGGAUAUGCUGCAGUUGACAACCCCAUUUUUUAUAAGCCAAAUACCUCAAUGCUGCUUGGAGAUGCAAAGAAAACCUGUGAUGCUCUGCAAGCUAAAAUCAGGGAAUCGUACUAUACCCACUAGUGUUUCUAGCAGAGUUGUAUAAAAACAUGGGGCACCACACAGUGAGAAGCAAUAUUGAGUACCCUUCAUUUCAUUGGGUGAGUUGAGAACUUUGAAAUCAGCGGAACCUGAACGCUACUCAAAUUGGACUGGAUCCAUAAUGUGUAUUGUUUCAGGGAGAAGUUUGGGAAUGGAUGCAAUUUCUUCACAAUUGUGAGACAGGCAAAAGACCUUAACAGUUUAGAUUAUGUGAGAAAGCAGUGGCUUCUGUGCCUUUGCAGGUGAAAAUCUAAAUCUCUGUAUUUAUUAAAAAUAUUAAAUAUUUAAAAAGAA